UCUACGAGUCAUCCAGCUGGUGAAAAUGGCGGAAGGACAAGACGGAUCCAAGAAAAUCACGCUAAAUGUCAAAACUACCAAGGAAAAACACACGGUUGAGGUCGAAGAAACAGCCUCCGUCAAAGACUUCAAGGAAGAGCUGGCGAAGAAAUUCAAUGCUCCACCCGAGCAGCUCUGUCUAAUCUUUGCUGGCAAGAUCAUGAAGGAUCACGACACGAUGCAGACCCACAACCUCAAGGAUGGACUGACUAUUCACUUGGUGGUCAAGUCUCCACCCACCAAUCAGUCAUCGUCGACAUCCUCGGCACCAAGGCCACCAGCUGACAUCAGUGCUACUCCAUUUGGUCUCGGCGGUAUGGGUGGCUUGGGAGGCCUCGAAGGUUUGGGGCUCGGCUCGCAGAACUUUGUCGAGCUGCAGCAGCGGAUGCAGCAGGAGCUGCUGUCCAACCCGGACGCUCUGCGCCGUCUGUACGACAACCCCCUUGUGCAGCGACUGAUGAACGACCCUGAGAACAUGCGCAACCUUAUCACGUCAAACCCGCAGAUGCAGGAGCUGAUGGAGCGCAACCCGGAAAUCACACACAUGCUGAACAACCCGGACCUGUUGAGGCAAACCAUGGAGUUAGCCCGUAACCCUUCCAUGCUGCAUGAGCUGAUGCGCAGUCAUGACCGCGCCAUGUCUAACCUCGAGUCCAUUCCAGGUGGUUACAAUGCCCUUCAAAGAAUGUACAGAGAAAUCCAAGAACCCAUGUUGAACGCCGCUAGUGAGAGUUUUGGUCGCAAUCCCUUUUCUGCAACAGGCGGCAACACUGGUGCUGCGAUCAACAAUCCUCAGCAAGGCCAGCUCAACAGGGACCCUCUUCCGAAUCCGUGGUCCCCAAAUUCUGGAACUCCCGGAGAGAACCCUGCAUCAGCUGGCACUGGAGGCCCGAGGCCAGCAGGUGGCCGCUCGAUCCCUGGACUGGGCAUGAUGAACUCGCCAGCUAUGCAGAGCAUGAUGCAGCAGAUGAUGGAGAACCCUCAGUUAAUGCAGAACAUGCUGAACGCGCCCUACACCCAGUCGGUGAUGAAUUCGAUGAUGUCGAACCCCGAGCUGGCUAAUCAGUUGAUGGCUAAUGCUGGUUUUCUCGGAGAUAAUCCAGCCAUGCAGGAACAAAUGCGGGCCAUGAUGCCGAACCUGCUGCAACAGAUGCAGAACCCCGAGAUGCAGUCGUUGAUGACGAACCCUCAAGCGCUGAACGCCAUCAUGCAGAUUCAGCAGGGCAUGGAAAACUUGCGGGCAGCUGCCCCGAGCUUUGCCACUGGCCUUGGUCUCCCUUCGAUGGACAACCCGCUGCUGGCCGGUUUGGGUGGCCUCGGAGGUGUGGCCUCGCCAGCCACGGCAAACAUCCCUUCUAACCCCACAAGUCCUGCUGCCGCAACGACCACCCCUGCAAGCACCGACGCACCCAACACAACCUCCAGCUCCACCGCACCCUCUGCCACCCCUGGCAUGCCUAGUUUAGCCAACAGCGACGUUUUCUCCCAGUUCAUGGCUCAGAUGAUAUCCACAAUGUCCACAAGAGACCCGACAAGCAAUGCUCCUCCUGAGGAAAGGUACCGAGCUCAAUUAGAACAGCUUACUUCCAUGGGAUUUGUUAACAGAGAGGCUAAUUUGCAAGCUCUUAUUGCUACUUUUGGAGACAUCAACGCAGCCGUGGAAAGGUUGCUGCAAAAUAGGCAGCCUUCACAAAGCUAACGACGUGGCUUUCUCAUUUCUGUACAAUAAUGUUUGUUGUAAAAUAUGAGCGAUUGUAAUACACGAGAACACACACAUAUAUUGAUGCCUAAUGUUAUGAUUUCAUUUAUAUAAUUACAAAGUUAUUGGUCGAGUUUGUGUUUCCAGUUUUUAUCCAUUGUGUCUUCGGUGGCUCCCAGGGAAAAUUUGUCCUUUGCUUUCUCUUGCAAAGUGCAACUUUUUGCUCCGAGGAGAGACGAACGGUGUGACACUAGUGCUCCAAUCACCAGUUUUUGGUGCCAGUACACUUAAAAAUAUAUCUUUAAUGCUAUUGUAAUGCAUUUUCAUCCAUUUCCAGUUUGCAUGUCUUGCAGAUAAUUAAAAUCAAUGUUGUAAGCAGAGUUUAUUUGCACUUGCAAACACAAAAGCUUCUCGAUUCUCAUUUCAUCUUGUGUAGCUAAAUUCUACCUACCGAUGAGCAAAUCAGAAUCACACCACCAUUUAGAAUGUGUAUUGAGAAUUAUUAUUACUACAAACACUUAAAUAGGCCUGUCUGUUAUAAGCUGGCGGGAGAUACUCCUAAUUCCCUGACUGCUGUUUUUAUUCAUCUUCAAUAAAGAAAUUGAGACAUACAUUA